AUGGGGGUGUGCACAUCAAAAAAACACCACUAUCCUCUUCAGAGAAGCUAACCUCAGAGAAAUAUUGAGAUCGACUUUGUCAAAUUGUUAGAGUAUAAUCGUAAAAAGGAAGUCAAGGAUAAUUAGAACAAUUAACAACAACAGUCAUUCUGUUAGAUUUUCUUACAAGAAAAUAAAAAUUCUAAUCAUCAAACCUUUACAUAAAACUUAGCUCCAACAGCAUAGUUAGACUACAAGAAAAUAUGAUUCUUUUCUUGGUUAAGCAUUGAAACUCUUUGAGUGAUGUAUUUGUUUAAUACACUG